GUCUGUGGCUGCUUUUGAGUUCUGACGUUAGGUAUUUGUAAUUUACUGGUCUGUGCGUUUGAUUUUUGUAAAUAAUGUGUGCUCUAUUUGUGAAUUGUGAAUAAUUCUCAUAGAGAUUGAUUAUUCUCAACGCAACUGAAUUAGUGACUCAAAUUUUGAAUUUAUUUUAUAUUUAGAAUGAUCUGAUUUUAUACCAAACCAAUAUGACAUCAAACGAAAAAGAAUCGGAUAAAAAUGAAGACAAGUCCGGUGAGAAUCUACCUACGGAGAAUAAUGAACAAAAUGAUAGACUUGCUCUUACGGAAUACGUAUCAAACCUAGAAGCUAGGAUAAAAAAUAAGUCUGAUUUGCGAAAUCAGAACUUAAACUGUAUCCGUCCGCCGGAUAAUCACUUUUCUAAACUAGAUUCAGGAUUGAAGAAAAACACAACGUUUGUUAAAAAGUUAAAAUCAUUUAGCGCCACGCAACUGGAUACACUUUCUAAAGACUUAAGUGUACUUAAUCUAACAAAAUACAUAUCUGAAGUGGCCGCAGCUAUCGCCGAAGCAAAACUUAAAAUGUCCGAUAUCUCUGCUGCAGUGAACCUUUGCUCCGUCUUACAUCAAACAUAUGGUGAAUUCUCUACUUUUUUUUUUGAAAACUGGCAAAAGAUUUUAACGUUUAAAGCAACUGAUAAAAUUACUAACUCGUCGAAAUUGCGAGUGGAUUUACGCUUUUAUGCGGAGUUGGUUGCUGUUGGAAUUUUUACCAACAAAAUGGGACUGCCCCUAUUAGGCAAUGUCCUUACCGUCCUAAUAAAUAUGGAUAAAGAAGAUCACAAUAAUAUUUCUAUAUUAUUAUCAUUUUGUAAACAUUGUGGUGAAGACUAUGCUGGGUUGGUACCAAAAAAGAUCAAAGAUACAGCAGAGAAACAUAAUGUUACUAUUCCUAGAAACACAUUUUUAACAGCUGAGAAACAGGCUGUUGUCAGAAGUCUACUUAAGGACUAUUUUCUAUCACUUACAAAGCAUUUGUUAGCUGAGAGAACCCAACUGCAAGCCCUACAUGCGGCUAACCAAAGAACUUUGCAUACUAGAGGGGAAUUGUCACAAGAACGUAAAGACCAAUUAGAACAACAUCAGGCCACCUAUGAUAAGCUAUUAGUGGGAGCACAGAACUUUGCUGAGGUACUUGGGGAAGAAUUGGGAGAAGCUGGUGAGCCACCAACACUUACCUAUACUGUAAUAGAGACACCAGGCACUGUGACCAUUGGUGGAAAUGAAGAAAUCAUCAUGCAAGCUGGCACUGAUCCCUGGCAAGAUGAAGACACUAGAACAUUUUAUACAUGUCUUCCAGAUCUUAAGGUUUUCAUGCCAAAUUAUCAGUUAAAAGAGGCAAUCAAGAGUAAAACGGAAACUGUUACUGAAGAAAUGCUAGAUGAAGACUUAAAAGAAGAUGAGCUUAGUGAUAGUGAAGAGCCUCUAGUGGUGGCUGAUGUGGAGCAAGAGGAGUCACAGCCUGCAAAUGUUUCCAACAAGUAUGCCCUUGAAGCAUUUUUGAAUGAAUUGCCAAACUGCAUCAACAGAGAAGUAAUGGACAAUGCUGCUGUUGAUUUUGUUUUGAAUCUCAAUACAAAAAAUAACCGAAAAAAAUUAACAAGAGUUCUCUUUAGUGUUGCCAGAACAAGGCUUGAUUUGUUGCCAUUCUAUUCAAGAUUUGCAGCCAUACUGUAUCCAGUCUUACCUGAUGUUUGUGUAGAUCUUUGUCAGAUGCUAAAACAAGAUUUUAAAUAUCAUGUUAGGAAAAAAGAUCAAAUCAAUAUUGAGUCAAAGAUCAAAGUAGUAAGGUUCAUUGGGGAAUUAGUAAAAUUUAGCCUUUACUCUAAAAUGGAGGCUUUGUAUUGCUUGAAAGUUUUACUUCAUGAUUUCAAACAUCAUCACAUAGAGAUGGCCUGCAAUCUAUUAGAAACUUGUGGGAGAUAUUUAUACUGCAACCCAGACACGCACCAAAGAACCAUGAUUUACUUGCAGCAAAUGAUGAGAAAAAAGACUGUUUCAGCACUAGACUCUAGGUAUGUUACACAAAUAGAAAACGCAUUUUAUUAUGUUUGCCCCCCUGAAACACCAACUCAACCGAAGGAAGAAGAACCACCAAUGCAUCAGUUUAUUAGGAAAAUACUUCAUGAAGAUCUACAAAAGAGUAAUGAAGAGAAAAUUCUAAGGUUAAUGAGAAAACUUAACUGGGAUGAUGAUGAAGUUUCUUCAGUAGCAAUACAGCACUUAGCAGGUGGAUGGAGAGUGAGGGCCAGUGCUAGAAGAGCCUUGGCACGUUUAACUGCAGAGUUGGCAGCUUGGCAGGAAGCAGUCGCGCCAGCUGUUGUAGAUACUAUACUUGAAGAAAUAAGAGUGACCAUGGAAGACCCGCAUCCACGAUACAAUCAGAGAAGAAUAGCAACUGUUAGAUAUCUUGGGGAGCUAUAUAAUUAUAAACUUUUAGACUCAAGGGAUGUGUUUACAGUACUCUAUUCCUUUAUCACUUUUGGAGUAACAAAUGAACACAGCAAUGUUUCCCCACUAGAUCCGCCAGACAAUGUAUUUAGAAUAAGAUUAGUUUGUGCAUUGCUUGAAACCUGUGGAGCAUAUUUUAACAGUGGGUCAAGCAAAAAAAGGCUAGAUUAUUUUCUAGUGUUUUUCCAAAAUUAUUAUUGGUUCAAAUAUUCCGAUCCAUUUUGGACUGAAGAAAAUCAAUUCCCCAUAUAUGUCAAAUAUAUUUAUCAAGAGUGUUUGACUAGUUUAAGGCCGAAAAUAGUUUUGUAUACAAGUUGGCAACAAUGUAAGGAUGCACUUGAAGAGAUUAGAUUAACGUUGUAUCCAGAAUUGGGUGAAGAGGAACAAUAUGAUAAUGAUGACCUAGGAGAAGACAGUGCUGCGGAUGGGUUAAACACUAUUAUUGAGACAGAUGACGAAACUGACAAUCCAACAAUGCUUGAAGAAAGUUCUGAUGAAGAUCCUAUUACGGAGAAUGCUGGUAAUGACGAUAAUGAUAUACAAGCAGAUGAAAUGGCCAUGGAAUCACGGCGGCCUACACCUAAGCCGGUUGAGGAUGUUGAAUUUGAAUCAGCGUUUGAAAAAAUGGUUAUGGAAAAUAUUGCAGACCGACAGCGCGAGAACAGACCACAACAAAGAGAUAUAGCUGUACCGAUGACAUGUCGACAAACAACAAAAAAGACUUAUGAACAAUUGCUGCAAGGUGACGCAGGUGUUGAGUUUGUGCUGAUGGUUAGAAAAGGAACAAAACCACAGUAUAAAUCAUUCAAUGCACCUCCGGAACUGGCAAGCAAUUUACAACAACAGGCUUUAGCUGAUAAACAAGAAAUGGAGAGAGUAAAACGUUUAACGUUAAACAUAUCUGAGAGGCAAGAAGAAGAAGAGUACAGUGCAGAAAGCGGAGGCGGGUCAGGAGGAAGUGGAAACCCUAAUAGAGGGCAGCAUGUCCGGCAAAAAUAUCAACAUCCAAAAGGGGCCCCAGAUGCUGAUCUUAUAUUUGGUCCCAAGAAGUUUAAAUAGAUAUGUUACAUAUUUGCAUAAUAAAUAUAUCUACAAUUUCUAUUACUUUUCGAUUACUAAUACCUAUAAAUUAAUAAUCUAGGUUGAAAAAAUGAAAUUGUAUGAUAUCUUGAGUUUUAUUUUCAGAAUUAAUUUUGUGAAAUAUAUUUACUUAUGUAAUCCA